UCGGAUCUUCUGGACCUCUCCAACCCGAAACUGCUGUCUUUCCGAAGGCGGAUUGAGGAACCAGAGUGAUCAAGGGGAAAAUACAAGUCAAAGCAUCAAACCGCGAUGGAUAUCCGAUUGCCACCGAGAAGAAUUAUCUACGCCGUCGGUACUGCGUUUGUUGUCGUCGCUUUUCUGUCGAUUCCUUUCCACGGGCAUCUUCCCCACAGCUCGGCGUUUGGGAAGCAGCGAUGGGCUUCAACGAGCGUUCCCCUGGGCGACAUCCGUAACAGCACGCUUGGCUUCAAAAAAAUAUUCGUUAGCGGCCUGCCAUCCCGGUCGGACCGUCGCGACGGCUUAGCCCUACAGGCUGCGCCUAGCGGUCUUGAGAUUGAGUUCAUCGAUGGCGUUUUGGGCAAAGACGUCCCUGACAAGGCCAUCUCCAAAACGUCGCCAGACUCCCAACGCCUUUCCGACGGGGUCAUAAGUUGCUGGCGCGCACACAUGAACGCUGAUCGACACCGCAAUUUAACCUCGGCUCUUAUUCUCGAAGAUGACGCCGACUGGAACAUAAGGAUACGAGACCAGCUCUAUGACUUUGCACUGACGGCCCACGCACUCACGCAGCCUCUACGCGGCCAUCCCGACGUAUAUGCUGACCCAACGUAUCCCAGGCCUCACGGAGACGUAGACGGCGGCUCGGUGCAAGAGAUGGACUUCCACAAACUCCCCGCCACCGUGCUUCCGUCUACCUCUCCGUACGGAGACUACUGGGACCUUCUUUGGGCCGGCCACUGUGGGAUGCAUUCCGCUUUCCAACACGGCAACGUCCCCAAAGGACGCGUCAUCCGCCUCAACGACGAGACGCACACACGCGCGUGCCACCACGUUCAGGAGGGCGUCUGUACGCUCGGUUACGCGCUCAGCCAACGAGGCGCGCAGACGCUCCUGCACGAAGUCGCCCUCAAGGACCAUGGGCGCGCGCCCGACCGCCAGUGCCUGACCACGCAGCCCAGUCUCUUUCGCCAUCACCGCAUGGCCGGGCCUAAGAGCGCUACGAGCGACAUCGGCGACCAUGGAAGUAACGGUGAGGUCCAAGACACGGCCAUGACCGACAUGGUCCGGUGGAGUGUGCGGCUGAAUGCCGAUGCUUUGAUGGAGGGGAAGACGGACUUUGCCGAUCAGUAUCCGGACUGAUGACCGCGCAUAAAUUUUUUUUUCUAUGGAUAGUUAACUAACGUUUGUUAUCUCCUUUUAAAUCAUGGAUAAUUUCCCGUUGAAUACUUUCCUUCUGGAUAUUAGCGGCAUCAAAUAUCAACAGCACGGAUAUUGGAGAGCCACCGUAGAUGGUGCUGCUGCUGCACUAGGCAUUUUUAAGACGGAAAAAGGGGACAUGAAGCGUGGAAGGCCAAUUACUAAAGAUUCCGCAUUCUCCAUAUUGUUCAAGGAUAGGCACAGAGCCGUCAUCAGAAAGGACUCAGGGAGUUAAUGAGAGUCCAUGGCUGAUUUCAACGCGGCAUAAUCAAGCGAUGAUGACGGUGCUUCGGUCACAGCAGUGAGGUGUCUGGUCUUGUGGGGUCGUGGUGAACUGGACAACUGGCCAUCUCCAUGGUUCGAUCUUUUGAUCCGCC